GCCGCGCACCUUUCUGGCCUGGGCGUGAGGCCAGCGGUGACCGGGUCCUCGGCCUCGGGCAACAGAAGCCAUGGCCAAGGGCAGGGUCCGGGCAUGGGAAGCAGCAGCGGUGGUUUGCGACCCCUCGGCGUUGCCUCCCGCGUUGUGGGCGGGCUCGGGUGUUGCAUCGCGUUUGAGGGUCUCCCGCGCUCUUUGCCGCCGCAACCUUCCUCCUCGACCUACCAGCCAGCCCUGCCUCUAAUUCGUGGUAAAAUAUCGGGCGAGUUGCUUAACCUCUCCUUGCUUCAGCUCCCUUAUGGCCACUGCCUUCCUAAUAUUCCACUGUCUGAGAACUCUGCCUUUCCCCAGAAUGAGAAGGAGAAAAAUGACCAAGUACCAGGAGGCGGUGACAUUCAAGGACGUGGCUGUGGCCUUCAGUGAAGAGGAGCUGGAGCUGCUGGACUCUGCCCAGAGGAAGCUGUACCGAGACGUGAUGCUGGAGAACUUCAGGAACCUGGUCUCAGUGGGGUUUCAGUCCUUCAAACCAGAUAUAAUAUCCCAACUGGAACAAGAGGAAAUACUUUGGACGAAGGAGAUUCAAACCCUAAGGGGUAGGCAUUCAGGAGGCUGGAAUCAAAAUGAGAUGGAAACUCUACAGGAAGCAGGAUUAAAGUGCCUUUCACUGGGAGAACUAUCAUGCUGGCAAAUCAGGGGACAUGUGAACAGCUUAGCCAGAAGUCAAAACAACAUGAUAAACAUUCCAGGAAAGAGUUACCAGUUCUCCAGACAAUGUGACUCUCCCUGCCAAGUCGGAGCAGGAGUAUCUUUUCAGGUUUCUGAAGAUGACAACUAUAUAGCGAAUCUUAUAGGGGCUGGUUCCACUAUUGUCAAAAAUCAAGACUAUCCAACUGGGAGAGCUCAGAAUUCUUGGAGUAAAAUUUAUCUGAAUGAAAGACAGAAUCAUCAAAGAAUCUGUAAGCAGAUGAAAAACAAAUUCUUUAUAUUUGCUCCAUGUAUUGGUAUUUUCAGUUGUAUUUCACAUCAUCAUAACAACAUAGUGCAUGAGAGAGAUGCUUACAGCAGUGAUGAUUGUGGUAAAGACAUCUUAAAGGUACCACGUUUUAACCAGCAUAGUAUAAUUCACACAGGACAGAAAACCUACCAGUGUCAUGAAUCUGAAAAAGCUUUCAUUGAUAGAUCUAGUCUUGAACUUCAUCAACAGAUACUCUUGGGAAAGAAGUCCACUACAUGUGGUACACAUGGGAAGAACAUCAGUUAUAGCUCGGGUAUUCCCAGUCAACACAGUGUUCACACAGGGAAAAAACGGUAUUGGUGUCAUGAGUGUGGUAAGGGUUUUAGUCAGAGCUCAAAUCUGCAAACCCAUCAGAGGGUCCACACAGGGGAGAAACCCUAUACAUGCCAUGAAUGUGGUAAGAGCUUUAAUCAGAGCUCACAUCUUUAUGCUCAUCUGCCUAUUCACACAGGAGAGAAGCCCUAUAGAUGUGAAAGUUGUGGGAAAGGCUUCAGUCGUAGCACAGAUCUCAACAUUCAUUGCCGAGUCCACACUGGAGAGAAACCUUAUAAAUGUGAGGUAUGUGGGAAGGGCUUCACUCAGAGAUCACACCUGCAAGCCCAUCAAAGAAUCCACACUGGAGAGAAACCAUAUAAAUGUGAGGAUUGUGGUAAACGUUUUAGUUGUAGUUCAAAUCUUCAUACCCAUCAGAGAGUCCACACUGAGGAAAAACCAUAUAAAUGUGAUGACUGUGGUAAGUGCUUUAGUUUGAGUUUUAAUCUUCAUAGUCAUCAGCGGGUCCACACAGGAGAGAAACCCUAUAAAUGUGAAGAAUGUGGUAAGGGUUUUAGUUCAGCCUCAAGUUUUCAGAGUCAUCAGAGGGUCCACACAGGAGAGAAACCAUUUCGAUGCAAUGUAUGUGGUAAGGGCUUCAGUCAGAGUUCGUAUUUUCAGGCCCAUCAGCGAGUCCAUACUGGAGAAAAACCAUACAAGUGUGAAGUGUGUGGGAAGCGCUUUAACUGGAGCUUGAAUCUUCACAAUCAUCAAAGAGUCCACACGGGAGAGAAACCCUAUAAAUGUGAGGCGUGUGGUAAAGGUUUCAGUCAAGCCUCAAAUCUUCAAGCUCAUCAGAGUGUCCAUACUGGGGAAAAACCAUUCAAAUGUAAUGCCUGUCAGAAGCGAUUCAGUCAAGCCUCACAUCUUCAAGCCCAUCAGAGAGUUCACACAGGAGAGAAACCAUAUAAAUGUGAGACAUGUGGUAAAGCCUUCAGCCAGAGAUCAAAUCUUCAAGUCCAUCAGAUAAUUCACACUGGAGAGAAACCAUUUAAAUGUGAGGAAUGUGGGAAGGAAUUCAGUUGGAGUGCUGGUCUCAGUGCUCAUCAGAGGAUCCACACAGGAGAGAAACCCUAUACAUGUCAACAGUGUGGUAAGGGCUUCAGUCAGGCCUCACAUUUUCACACCCAUCAGAGAGUCCACACUGGAGAGAAGCCAUACAUAUGUGAUGUCUGUUGUAAGGGCUUCAGUCAGAGAUCACAUCUUGUGUACCAUCAGAGAGUCCACACUGGAGGGAAUCUAAAAAUGUGAGGUGUGGUAUAUUCUUUAGAGUUCACAUCUUCAUCUCCAUUUAAGAGACCACAUUGGCCACUGUAAAGUGAUUCCUUCAAAGCUUGGAAGCAUCAUCAAAGAAUCUUCACAGGAGGGAAGCUCUAUAAAAUGUUGUGUUUUAAGGACUUGGUAGAACUUUUUACUAACAUCAUAUAUCACAGAAAACCUAUUUGUUUUAUAAAUACGGUUGGUGUUUAUAGCAGAGUUCAAAAUGGUCCCAAUUCUCAGGAAUACAACACAGCAAAAGAACCUUAACAUUCAUCAGAGUCUACCCAGGAGAGAGGUUUCAAAAUUGGAGUAUGGAAAGACUUGAACAAAAGUUAAUGACAGACAGUCACCCACUAGGAUAAUUCCCUUAUAUGGGGAAGAGAUUUUUUUUUUACCAUUCUACAUGUAGAACAGUAUCUGGCUUCUAAGAGGUGCCCAGACAUUACUGAAUGAAGUGGAGAAAAACCCUAUAAUCAAGACAAAUAUUUGAAAAUUUUAGUCACUUCCCUGCCCUAAAUUCAUAUUGAAUUAGACACAAAAGGAAUCCUGCAAAUAGCCUUACUAACAUUAAUUCCAGGAAACAAACAUUAAUUGAAAUAUAGAAAAGCAUAUAAUACUGCCAUCCACAACAAUACAAAUUUGGGCAAAAGACUUGUGAAUUGUUCCCUUACAUCCAGCCUCAAUUCUUUGUACAGUGUGCCAUUAAUUAUGUACAGUGUAAUUUUUAGUAUCAUUAGUUUGUACUUUGUAGACUAAAAAAAAAACCUUUUUUAAUCUUAUAAAAAUGUGACUGCAAUUUACAUAAAUGAAUUUUUUGGACUAAUUCAUUAAGGUGGGGUUUUACUAUGACUCUGAAAGUAUUAAAAGUAAUACUAGUGACAGAAGUUUAUUAGUAAACUUGAGUUGAUAAUAAUUGGUUUCCUUUCAUCAUUUUUAUUCAGACUUAGGUCAAAUUGCCUUCUCUGUGCUGUAGUUAUUCCUCCACCAGACCUCCUAAGGCAGAGGCUUUGGCAGAUUUUAAGGACAUUGUUUUUGUAAAAUUCCUUAACCCAUUGCCAUUCUUCCCCCCACCAUGGCGGGGGGGACCUCUUGAAGUUUGAUUAAAAUUUCAUUCUAUUAUUAAUUAUUUAGAUGGGUUUCCAUUUACACAACAUUGAAUCAACACUUUUUGUUGAUAGGCAUGAUCACAAGCUUUGGGAGAUGAGUUGGUCAUGUUUGAUCUGGUAAUCCUAGCAUGGGAAGUUUUGCUUAGGAGAAAGAGCGUACGGAAGGAUGUUUAUCCUGAAUUUGAAAAAUAGGGAAAUAAAUAUCUACUGGUGAAAGUUGAAUAAAUUUUUAUAUGUUUCAAUAUUGUACAGUCUUUAAAAUGAAAAUAUAGACCUAGAGUGAGAGGAAAAGAACUCUCAUUAUUCCUGAGAAAACUUCUGGUAUAAACCUAAAGAUGUGAUCAUAUGCAUACAAAUAAUGUAUGAAAGGAUAGUAAUUAUAAACUAAGACUUUUUUUUCUGGCAGGGAAGGUGUUGGAUGAAUUCUUUAAUUUCUUGAAUUAUUUCCAGUAACCAUUAUCAUUUUUACCAUAACAGUAAAACCAUGAAACAAUAAAAUGACUCAAUAAAUGAA